AUGGGCGCGACCAACAGCGUGCGCAAGCUCACGAUCGAUAGCAUCGCGCUGCUGGAGCAGCUGGAGCCCAAUGCGGCCGAGCUGGCGGCCAAGCGCGCGGUGCGCCGCCGCGUGCAGCAGUUGCUCAAGCAGCAGUGGCCCACGUGCCGCGUGCUGCCCUUCGGGUCGUCCGAGAGCGGCCUGGGCUUCGGCGGGUGCGACGUCGACCUCGGCAUCUACUUUGAGGACGUGGACGUGGACGCGCAGGGCCAGUUCUCGCCCCAGGAGCGCGUGGAGCUGCUCGCCACCGCGUGCGAGCGACUCGCGGGCGCCUUCCAAGUGCAGGAGUUCGUGCGCAACGCGAGAGUGCCCGUGAUCAAGCUCUGGGACUCCAAGCGCCAGGUCGCUUGCGACGUGUGCGUGGGAGGAGUGAAUGCACUGCUGAACACGGCGCUGCUCAAGUACUACGGCCAAGUGGAUCCUCGUGUUCGGCCGCUGGUGUUCGCUGUCAAGUAUUGGACCAAGCAGCGAGGCAUCAACGACUCGGUCAAUGGCACGCUGAGUUCUUAUGGCUACACGUUGCUGCUGGUCUUCUACCUGCAGUCACAUUACGCGGACAUGCAGCUGCCGGCAGUGCACGCCGUCUUCCAGAAUUUGCAGUCGCAGACGAAGGUUUCGGUGCUGUUAGAGCGACUGCAGUCGUUCCCGACCAUGGAGCUUCCAUCCACGUUCGGCACGUCGGAGAUAAACUCGGUUGGGGCGCUACUCGCCGGGUUCUUCGACUUCUACGCCCACCGAUUCAACAUGGAGGAUGAGGUUGUGAGCAUUCGAAUGGGGAGGGCGCUGUCGAAGACGACCAAGUGGAGCCACCCGGUCGGUUGGCGGUUGAGUAUCGAGGACCCUUUCGAGCUAUCUCAUGACAUCGGGCGCGUUAUCUUCCACAGGAAGGGCCAAGACCUCAUCCGCUCGGAGUUCAAGCGUGCGAGCAGUAUGCUGAGUGGAGAUCACCGGCUCGAUGCCAUCUGCGCACCAGACGCAACCUCGUGGAAUCUCAUGGCGACGUGCUACAUUUGCCGCGGCAGGGACCACGUCACUCGGGACUGCGGUCAGCUACUGCAUCAGCGUCUAUCAUCGACCUGUAACCGGGGCAGCCACUCGAUGUCGCACUUGUCGGACUGCUGGUAUUGUGGUGAGUACGGCCACUACAAGGCCGAGUGCCCGAUGCUCUUCUUCCGAGACAUCCCCCGUCCUGUCGAGGCGGCUGAAGCCGUCAACAUCCCGGCAGCAGACGCGGCCCCUGACUCAGGCUUCAUCCCGGUCGUGGGAUUUGCGCCGGCUUCCCCUCCCAUCGCGAUUCCUGUGCCUCCAGCUCCGAAGACGAUCUCACCUCGAGUAUGCAAGGAGCGUCCAUGGGAACGCGGUCUCAGUCCGAGCAGCUCACCGAUGCUUCGCCUGUCCCGGAAGAAGAAACGCGCUCGGCAUGGCUCGACAUCGUCGACGUCUUCCUCUCCCUCCUCGCCGUCUUCGUCAUGGAAUUCGCCGUCGAGUGGUCUCUCGCCAGCGGAGAAGCGCCAGCAGCAGCAACGCUAUCAGCAGCAGCGACACGAGCAGCGUCGUCGCAACUUCCGCUCCGAGCGUUGCCGCCACACUUGCGCGUCGGCUCCUGCAGCGAACAAGUCGCAUAUCGGCAAGGUGCUGUGUCCGUCGUAGCGGGACGAGCUGCGGAGUUUUUGCAUU